AACACACUCGCAGUGCUGAGGAAAGAGCGGUUGUUUUAUCUAUUUAGUUUUAUCUUAUCAAUACAAACUUAUUUUAAGCUUACAUACCGAUAAAUUUGAAUUAUUUACCACUUAUUUAAAAGCAAAAAAAUGUCAGUUCCUCACAAAGUUGGGACAUUGAAAUCUAAACAGGCACCUAAUAUUAACAGCCACCAAAAGGCAGCUGUGGCAAAGGGUGUCAAAGCCAUUGGAAAGAAGAAGGAUGAGGAGGAAGGGCAAGACACGGCUGAAGGAGAGGAAUGGAUGCAGGGGAAAACUCUCGUGAAGCCUCCAGACCAGCUGGACUUAACUGAAGCAGAGCUGAAUGAAGAGAUUACCCGAGUACUAAAAGCAAGCAAUCCAAAUGCUCCACAAAACGUUGUCAGAUACAGUUUCAAAGAGGGCUGCUAUAAACCAAUUGUCUUUGUGGAUCAGAUGGCUAUUCACUUUGAACUAGAAGGGAAUCUUGUGCACAAAGAAUCUGAUGAAGGUCGGAGAUUGAUGGCUAAACAAGCUGAAGUGGAUGACGGCGGAGGAGAUGAGAGGCCAGAUAAUGUGGCCAUCAAAGCUGGCAAGAGAGAGCAGAAACUCACCAACCAAUUCAACUUUAACGAGAGAGCUUCUCAGACGCUAAACAAUGCUCCAAGAGACAUGAGUUGUCAAACUGAGCCUCCUCCUCGUGCAAACUUCUCAGCUACAGCCAAUCAGUGGGAGAUUUAUGACUUUUACACAGAGGAGCUUCAAAGGCGGGAGAAAAGUAAAGAGAAGCACGAAGGCCAGUUCCUAAUUAAGGAGGAGGACAAGAGCAAGAAAAAGAUGAUUCAAGCUGAGACUCAGAAUGAUGACAUAUCCCAAUUAGCCAAGGCGGUCAAGAUCAUUGAGCGUAUGGCGAAUCAAAAUAUAUUUGAUGAUAUUGCUCAAGAUUUCAUGUACUUUGAUGAUGCAUCCGAUGAAUUCAGAGGAGAGAAGGGCACUCUUCUCCCUCUAUGGACAUUUCAGUAUGAUAAUGCCAAAAGUCUGUCUGUGACUGCCCUCUGCUGGAAUCACAAAUACAAUGAUUUGUUUGCUGUCGGUCUGGGUUCUAAUGAAUUUACUCAGCAAGGAGGUGGCAUGCUUGUCUUCUACACCUUAAAAAACCCAAGUUACCCAGAAUUCAUCUUUAACACAACAUCAGGAGUAAUGUGUUUAGACAUCCAUGAACGUCUGUCUUACCUGGUGGCUGUGGGAUUAUAUGACGGCUGUGUCGCAGUGUACAACCUGAAGAAAACUGAUCAACCUAUUUACAACAGCAGAGCCAGCGCAGGCAAACACACAAGUCCUGUGAUGCAGGUGAAGUGGCAGAAAGAUGAUUUGGACAGUAAUCAUAACUUCAUUUCAGUGGCUGCUGAUGGACGAGUGGUGUCUUGGACUUUGGUAAAGCAUGAACUGGUCUUCACAGACAUAAUCAAGCUCCCAGUCAUUGACACGAUUCCGGAUGACUUGAAGGAUGUCAUUCCUACAGUUGGAACAUCUUUGGACUUCCACAAACAAAAGGACUACAGUUUUCUUGUUGGCACUGAACAUGGAAAGAUUCACAAGGGCUCCAAAUACUAUUCUAGCAAAUUCCUGGAAAAAUAUGAUGCCCACUUCAUGAAUGUCACUCGUGUGAGGUGGAAUCCCUUCCAUCCUGAUGUCUUCAUCUCCUGUGGCUGGGACUGGAUGGUCAAAAUUUGGGAUCAAACUAUGAAGUCUCCUCUGUUCACCUUUGAGCUGAAAACUGCAGUGACAGAUGUGGCCUGGGCUCCAUACUCCUCUACUAUCUUUGCCGCUGUCACCACUGAUGGAAAGGUCCAUGUGUUCGACCUCAGCAUUAACAAAUAUGAGGCUCUCUGCCAGCAAAAAGUGGUGUCCAAGAAGACCAAGCUCUUGCACAUUGAAUUCAACCCUGUCCAUCCCAUCAUCAUCGUGGGCGAUGACCGCGGCCAUGUCACUAGCCUCAAGCUCUCUCCCAACCUCCGCAAGAAGCCUAAGGAGAAGAAGGGUCAGGACUUGCCGAAGGGGCCGGAGGUGGAAAUAGCAAAGAUGGAGCAACUGUUGAGCUCACUGAGAUAGCCUGGGAACAAUCAGAAGAACUCAGGAACAGUAAGACCAGGACGAAUGCAAAUACUACAAAUUCAUUACAAACAACUUAAAAUAUACAGUCAAAUUAAAUUAAAUAAAAUUGCAUCUAAUGGAUUUAAUCAUGUAACAGCAAACAGAAACUUUUAAGGAAAGAAGACUAGGAAAAUAAGUCUUGAAAUAUCCUGAAUGCACAAGUAUUAACACCCCUCAGCUAAUAUUUGGUUGAAAUGCCACUUUGUGCCAAUAUGGUCUGGUAUUUGACACUAUCCACGAUUGUCUUUAUCUUUACUAUUGCCCCAGUCCCAGCUGAAGAGAAGCAGCCCUAUAGAAUGAUACUGACCCAAGCUUGCUUCAUUGUGAGUUAGAGCUGUACGAUUCUGGAUAAACUGAGUAUGCUGUUUUUUUGGUUUUUUUAAAUAGAGAUCAUGAUUUUAUAACGAUUCUAAACGUAAAAUAAAAGUAACAUUUAUAAUAUCCUCAUUCUAUUCAAAAAUGUUUAAUUCAUUUGAAUGAAUUAUAAAAAGGUUUGAAUGAAUGAUUAAAUUACAACAUUUUUGUCAGUUGCCUAAAACAAUGUAAUCAACAUUGUAAUCAGUAAGCGUUAUUUGAAGCAAAAAUUACUUUCAAAAGAUGAUUGACUUCAUUUUGAUCGCUGUCAUAGACAUGAGUGUUAUUAUCCGAACUAUAAACGUCUAUCCCAGUGCCCAGUGUAAUAGACCAAUCUUUGUGUGCAGUCUGCAGUUUUUGUGCCAAACACACAUUGUAAAAUCAUGACCAAAAAGUUCAGUUUGGUUUUGCUGGAACAUUAAACAUUAUGCCUCAUUAUUGUCAUUAUGCCAGAUGCUUUACAGAAUACAGAAUAUCGCUGUCACAUGCAACAAGUGAUCAGUACUUGCCAAAUAUUCUUGCAGCUCCUUUAAUGCUACUUUAGUUCUCUUGGCAGUCUCCUUAAUAACUUUUCAUCUUGUUUUUAACAACAGGUGACUUUGUGUUUCUUUUGCCGUGUCGCAUUGUGGCACCCCAUUGUCUCCACUUGUUGAUGUUUGCCUUUACCAUAUUCCAGGGCACAUCUAAUAUGUGAAAUAAGGUAGCUCAUUUAUAAGAUGUUCAAAAAAAGACCAAGAUUUGUAUGGAUAUUUCAACGUAUUUAUUAAAUGUUCAUAAUCUACUUUAACUACUAUUUAAUUUUCUCUGAUAUUCUCAAGAAAAGAUGCUGUUAAUAGUGCACCGGUCCCUCUGGCCCAUUGCACAAGCAAACAACCACAAUAAAACAUGCACUUCUUAUUAAAAUUUCUCUUUCAGACACAAAGCAGGACAAUUCAUUAUUAAAAUCUAAUUCUUGCACUAGAGCGUUUAUUUGUUUUUGUGCUAAUUAGCAUAACACUGAUUGCUAGCUGGUUGGCUGCAGGUGUGGGGUUUCACUGACAUUGCCAGGCACUACUGAAUGACUCUAAAGAGGCGACUGAGAGUCUCUUUACCUUUACAUAAAACCCUCAGGCAGAGUGGUAUAGUAUAAGAGAGCUCAGGUACAGUCCAGCAGCCCACGCUCAGCCAACUCACUCCUCAUCCUCGAGUGUUUUUACAUGACGCCUCACUUACGCAUGCCUCUAUGAAUAGCAUAAAACAUCUAUGAAAUCAUGUUUUAAUUCAUGACAAACCGUGUCAUCCAAUCCGCGAUUGAUCGCUGCAGGCAGUACAAAAUAUACCCAAGCGUUCCAUCUCCAAGUUUUUUUUUUUUCCCCUCACG